AUGGCGGGAUCGACGAAUCCGGAGCAGACGACGCCGACGAUGAUGCUGCAAGAAGGAACGACGACCCGGCCGGCAACAGGGCUCGUGCCGAUCACGCCCAGACAGCAUGACCGCCAGAAGGGAAGGAGCUACCUCCCCCAAUCCAGAACCAAUCCAGAGCUAGACGCAAUUCUUAUCUCACCGGCCAACGACGCCGAAUUCGAGAUCCUAUGGCAGAGGAUGAUGCACACAACGCCAGGCCCACCGGAUCUGUUCCCGUCACCGCCACACCGACGACCAAAUCCGGCCGCCACCGGGACCCCGGAGCGUUCAGUGCGCAACAUCGCGCCAGGUUCGCUCGGUACGCAACACCGCUCCGGCUGUCGACGAAGCCUACCCGUUCUUCCGGGGACGCCACCUCCCGCUCCAAAGCGUGCAAAGCCGGUCACCGCCAUCCGCGCUUCACCGCCAGACCUGGUGCAAAGGGCAAAACUCGCCAAACGCACCCCUGCGCCUUCGACGACCCGAGUGGUUAGACACCCGGUGAUUGGCGUAGGGGUGCAACGUUCUUCAGCGACCAACGCGCGUAAGCUCGCUGCACUACUGGCCGAACCACCGCCAGUGCCACGACGAGCCGGCCGACCAGCUACAGAAACACGGCAAGAGCGAGCACGCCGCCAGCUGACAGCGCUGUUCGGAGACCUGUUGUUCGACCUGGACGGCGAGCCACAGCCACCAUUCCGCCUUCGGACAACACGAGGGAAACCGGCCCACGCCGCGAGGACACGACCACCUCGACACGGGAAGAGACAGCCGCAACACCAGCAUCAGCGGUCUCCUCGGCCAGGAUCACCGGCAACUCACCAGCAGCCGCAACCAAACCAGCAGCUACAGCGCCGACCGCACCGGCAACCAUCGGGGCCUCCAGUCCGCCAACUACAACCACCACCAAGACCGGCAACCGACCAGACCGACCGCCCAUACCCGUGCGCCUACGAGACAAUCUAA